AUGGCAACCGACCCUGACUGCCAAUCUGUUGGCUACUCCGAGGAAGUGGAACGCUAUGAAAAGGGCGGAUUUCAUCCCGUCCAUCUUGGCGAUCGCUACGAUAAAGGUCGCUACCGGAUAGUCCACAAGAUUGGCUCCGGAGGAUACUCGACCGUUUGGCUGGCCUUUGACUCUCAGCUUUUAACCUGGGUGGCUCUGAAAAUUGUCGAGGCAGACAAGUCCGUAGUUUUCGAAGAAAAGAUCAAAACAUGUCAUGACUUCACUUCGGCUUGGGCGGAUGGCAGGACGUGA